GCGGGGGCGACAACAUGUGUUUGGUGGUGUCCUUUCUUUCGGCCAUUCGUGAUUUUUGGGAUGAUAUAAAUUACUUUGUAAUUGCAAAUUGAAAACAUUUAUAGGAUCAUGGCAGGUUUCGGAAUUAAAAAGUAUGGUAUUUGACUAAUCCGUGUCCAGUUGACAUGUUCUCUACAACCCAGUAAGACGAAGAGUGCCAUUUUGUAUCUGUCACAUGUGUCAUCAUGUGUUGUAAAUAUGUUGUAAAUACAUACAUGCACAAUAUUUUAGUAAAUCUAUUUUUCACAACAAAGUAAAAUUUUACUUUAAUUGGAACUAUUUUGCUGUUGUUUUCUGUAAUGCUAUAAAGCGACAAAUAGUUAAUUGCCUACUACGAUGGGGUCACAACUCAAUAAUGCCCCUAUCUCGUCAUCUGAAGGGAUCCACUAUGAAGACGUUUCGUCGUUUUCUUGUCGAACCACUUACAUGGCUUGUUUCGGUUUGGCAUUGUUAUAUGUUGGAAGUUUGUAUGUAUGGAAGACAGAGCAUCCUAGCACUCAUCCAGCAACGAUGAAGAGAAGGUUUAUUAGCGUUACUAUUAUCACCAUGCUGUCCCCAAAAUUCGUCGAGUACUUUAUAGAUCCUGAUCUCUUACUGAAUUGUGCAUUAUUGAGGCUAAUUGGUAUCAGAUUGGAUGGCAUAAUUCCGGCAUGCCUUUUACCCAUGAUAUUAACGGCGAUCCUUUUUCUUGGCCCUCUGAGCAUGGAAGCUUUCAUUGGUCUCUGGAAUAUUUACACUGAACCUCGGUACUGGCUGACGAACAUGAAAGAACUGAUCUGGAUUAGAAAUUAUGUAGUGGCCCCACUUUCUGAAGAAUUAGUAUUUCGUGCGUGUAUGUUGGUGUUAAUUAUUCAUUGUACGAGACCAAUGACUGCUGUUUUUGUGUGCCCAAUUUUCUUUGGUGCUGCUCAUUUGCACCACAUGGUAGAGCAGAUACGGUUUGGCGUGCCAUGGAAAGUGGCAUUUCUGACAUCGUGUUUUCAAUUUAUGUAUACUUCAAUAUUUGGUGCAUACUCAGCCUACCUUUUCCUUCGAACUGGCCACCUCAUUGCACCUGUUUUAGUUCACUCAUUUUGCAAUCAUAUGGGCUUUCCGGACAUUGUGUCAUUGAAAGAAAUGCCACUAAAUCAACGCCGAAUCAGUAUUGGAUGUUUUGUUGGAGGGGUGAUAUUGUGGUCUCUCAUGGUGGAACGUAUGACUGAUCCUAGAUUAUAUUCAAACGAUUUGCCUUGGAGCAAUGCAGUUUAACAAGAAUAAUAAGAAUAAAUAGAUUUUGAUUUCAUCAAUCCCUAUCCGUUUCAUCUGUUUGGUAUUGUGCGCACUAAUUAUGAUUAAGUUUAGAUGUAAGUUUACAUUAAUUUUAAUCCUUUCGUAGUUAAUGUGUAAUUAUGAGGCUUGUUAUUAUUACUAGUCAAAUAAAACCAUAACUUUCCGAGGAA